UAGAACAUGGAUGAUCAAAGAUCAGCAAGUCAUAAGGGGCUUGACCGCAACAUUAUACUGUGGUGUUUCUCACGAUCAAAAUAUCGAAGUCACAUGGAAGUGGACUCAUCAAAGUGUACUUCAUAAUAUAGCUGUGCAGAUACCAUCUGACUCAAGACGUUCCGUCGCUGCUGAUGGCACUUUGACCAUCAAUGCCGUAGAUUAUAAAGACAAAGGAUAUUAUUCGUGUUAUGUGACAACUGCAAGAGGAAAUUACGUAAGAUCUCAGAAACUCACAGUUGUUGAGUUACCUCGAGCACCAAUUAUCACAUCAGUUAAGCUACAUUCUACAGAUGAACGAGCUGCAAUUGUGAAAUGGCACCCGGGCUAUGAUGGCAACACUCCCAUUACCAGGUUCAGUGUACAAUAUACGAAGGUCCCCCACGGAUAUGAAGAUCAUCUUGAUUGGGUAACUUAUGAUGGUGAUGUAGAGCCUGACGUUAGGGAAGCUACAGUGACCGGUCUCCGGCCUGGUCGAUCUUACCAGUUUAGAGUGACUACUUCCAAUGAAGUUGGUGAGGGAUUACCAAGUACCCCAAAACCUGCUCCUGCAUUGGAGAUGCCCCAACAAUAUGAGGCAAACUUCCUCGUGUUCUCCAGGACUACAAGUUUGGAGAGUUUCGACCUGGAUGAUGAAAAUGACAAGAGUCCUCCAAUGUACACGUUAAGGAAUAUCACUUUCCUUCGCCAUGUGAUAGGCCUGUCGUUUGAUUAUGAGAAUGAGGUUAUUUUCUACAGUGACAUACUGAGAUGGGAUAUUCAGGCCGUAUCAUUUGAUGGAACAAAUAUCCGAGCUGUUGUUGAAGGUGUAGGACCGGUAGAAGAUUUAGCAUUUGAAAAAAUGAAUGGCGACAUCUACUGGACAAGUUAUCCCUGCUCCUGUAUCAGCAAAAUUAACGUUCACAAUGCGUUAAGUGAAAAGACACGCGGACCGGAAGUUCUAGUUCAAAUGUCGAGAAAAGAUCACCCGAGAUCAAUAGCUGUGGACAGUUGCUUAAAAUUAAUUUACUGGACUAACAACAACGAUGAGAGACCAAGUAUUCAACGAUCGAACCUGAGAGGUGAUGGUGUGGAGGAUAUUAUUUUAAAGGAUAUUAUUACACCACAUGGUCUCACAAUUGAUCAUAAAGCAAAGAAGUUUUUCUGGUAUGACGCCGAGCUUCACAAGAUUGAGAGAUGUGACAUGGAUGGGUCAAACAGAUUUAUAAUUGCCACAUUUGAAUCAAUGCACCCCUUUGCUCUAGCUGUUUACAAUGACUACCUGUUCUUGACUGACUGGAUGCAUCGUGCAGUCGUACGUAUCAGUAAAUAUGAUGGCACGGAUAUCGUAAGGCUUCGUGAAAAUAUGGACCGUCGUCCAAUGGGAAUCAUAACUGUUUCCGAAGAAAGCGAAAACUGCAUGAUAAACAAAUGUUAUGGCAACAAUUACGGAUGUCAAGACAAGUGUUACACUGAUGUUACCGGUCAGGCGUUCUGUGAAUGUACAUAUGGAAACCUUAAAGCUGACAAGAAGACCUGCGCAUCGCCGACAGAGAUCGUGAAACCACCUCAAGAUCAGAAAGUUAUUAAAGGCUCAACGGUAACAUUUUCUUGUGGUGUUUCUCACGACCCAAGUAUCCAGGUGACUUGGAAGUGGACGCACCGUGCGCUGCACACGGAUGCAAAUGUAGACAUUCUCCGUGAUCCUAGACGCUCUGUCGCAGCUGACGGUACCUUGACCAUCAGAGAUGUCAAUUAUAUUGACAUCGGAUAUUAUACAUGUCAUGUGACAUCUAGAGUAGGAAAUCACACAAAAACUGUGUCACUCACUGUAAUUGAGCUUCCUCAGGCGCCAGUUAUCACAUCAGUUUCACUGCAUCCUAAUGAUGUAAGAGGUGUAAUUGUGAAAUGGAUCCCAGGCUAUGACGGCAACACCCCCAUAACCAAGUUUAAUGUACAGUAUCAGGAGGUCCUGCCGGGAAAUGGAGAAAAUGACAAUCAUCUAGGUUGGGUAACAUCUGAUGUUGGAAUACAGCAUUCAGCUCGGGAAGCUACUGUGACUGGUCUCCGGCCUGCCCAACAUUACCAGUUCAGAGUGUUUGCUUCUAAUGAAAUAGGCGAGGGACUUCCCAGUGACCCAAAACCUGAUCCUGCGCUGGAGAUGCCACGGCAACCCCCAAGUAGUUCACCAAAGGGAUUCCUUGGCAUGCCGAGGACUAACACCUCAGUUAUUCUGUACUGGCUCCCUCCGGAUGAGGAUACUUGGAACGGACCCCUGCAGGGUUACAUCCUACAAUAUAAGUUGACUGGGGACCCUAACAAUGACUUUAACAGGGAAAAUGUCUCCCUAUUAAGAGUAUCAUAUGAGCUACAGGGUCUGGUGACCUUCCAGGAAUAUGAGGCCCAGAUAGCUGCCUACAAUAUUGAAGGAGUCGGUGUGUUCAGCAGUCCUAUACAUGUUAUGACAUUAGAAGGUCACCCUACUGCUCCACCUGAGGACCUGGAAGUAGUUCCAUUGAAUUCCACAGCUGUGAAUGUCAGUUGGACCCCGCCGAAGAAGCAGUUUAUAAACGGAAGGAACCUAGGCUACAAGGUGCUUGGAAAAAGACUGGAAGGGGAACCUUCAGAGUUUGUGUCUGUUGUGCCACACGAUCCAUCAAAUCCAUCUGGUGCACAGCAAACAGUUCUUCAUAGUUUGCAGAAAUACACAGAAUAUAAUAUAACAGUAUUGUGUUACACAAGUCAGGGUGAUGGUCCAAGAUCUGUCCCUAAAACAGUGAGAACAAUGGAAGAUGUUCCAUCACAAGUAAGAAGUUUAACAAUUAGUGUCAUUAGUGCAACAUCAUUGAAAGUUGACUGGGAAUCACCAACUGAAAUAAACGGCAUUCUUAUUGGUUACACAUUGCUAUAUGAGAAGAAAAAUGACAGCAGUACACAGCGGAGAGUUGACUUCCCACCUAGCAAUCUUACCUACACCGUGUCCAGUCUGACUCCGAAUACAAAAUACACCAUUUCUAUAUAUGCUUCAACUAGUGUUGGAGCAGGUCAAUCAAGAUCUGCCGAUACUGAGUCUGGUGUACCUCCUGGGCCACCGGCACCACCCUUCAGUCUUGCAGUGUCACAUAUUAAUGCAAGGUCAGUAAUACUGCAGUUCAUACAAGGAUCUGAUGUUAGAAUUCCUAUUACUUUAUGGAUUGUUGAGGCCCUAGAGGUGAAGUCUACAACAGAAUGGAAAACUGUGUACACGAAGUACGAUCCCUCUGCCAGAUCUCUGCAAGUGGUAAACUUGAAGCCCUACACCUUCUAUAAGCUCCGUAUUAUAGCGGAAAACGUGUUUGGACAGAGUAGACCCAGUGAGCCAACUCGGUUAUUUCAGACUUUGCAGGAUGCUCCGAUUACUCCUCCUGUUAACGUGACGGUCAUUGCACUAAAUGCCACGGCUCUCAGAGUUAGUUGGACGCAAUAUUCCAGAAGCGAUUGGAAUGGGGAACCAAGAGGUUUUAAAAUAUACUACAAAGUUAAAGAUGAUGGUGCUGAUUUCAAGGCGAUGGAUUUGGACCACAGUAUAAACCUGGCUGUAUUAGGCGGACUUCAGGAGUGGAUGCAAUAUGAAGUAAUGAUGGUAGCUUACAAUGAUGUUGGUGAAAGCAUGCACAGUGCAAUAGCCUUAGAAAGAACAAAAGAAUCCGUGCCCAGUGAGGGACCACGGAAUGUACAAGCAGUGCCUUUAUCAUCUACCAGUGUAAAUGUAUCCUGGGGUGAUGUCCCAACCAGAGAACAGAAUGGACAGAUCCUUGGCUUUAAGGUUGAGUACAGAUCCUCAAAGAAGAAUAUACCUACACAAACAAAAAUUGUGUCUGGUAAUACAACAAACCAUGUUCUGUUGGAAAACCUCCGCAAGUUUGUGACGUACGAGAUCAGGGUACUUGCUUACACCAGAAUGGGAGAUGGUGUGCCUAGUGAUCCUGAAGUUACUGUACAGACUUAUGCUGAUGAAUCACCGGCUCCACCCUUCAGUCUUGCAGUGUCACAUAUUAAUGCCAGGUCAGUAUUACUGCAGUUCAUACCAGGAUUUGAUGGUAGAUCUUCUAUUACUUUGUGGAUUGUUGAGGCCCUGGAGGUGAAGUCUGCAAUAGAAUGGAAAAUUGCUUACACGAAGUACGAUCCCUCAGCCAUGUCUCUGCGAGUGGAAAAUUUGAAGCCCUACACCUACUAUAAGCUGCGUAUCAUAGCAGAGAACAUAGUCGGACAGAGUGGACCCAGUGAACCGACUCGUUUAUUCCAGACUUUACAUGAUGCACCAGGAGCUCCUCCUGGCAACGUGACGGUCAGGUCACUCAAUGCCACGGCCCUUAGAGUUAGCUGGACGCAAUUGUCAAAAAGUGAUUGGAAUGGGGAACCAAGAGGUUAUAAAAUAUACUACAAAUGUAAUGAUGGUGGUGCUGAUUUCAAGGCGGUGGAUUUUGACCAUAGUAUAAACCUGGCUGUAUUAGGUGGACUUCAGGAGUGGAUGCAAUAUGAAGUAAAGAUGAUAGCUUACAAUGAUGCUGGUGCAAGCAGUCACAGUCCAAUAACCGUAGAAAGAACUAGAGAAUCCGUGCCCAGUGAGGGACCAUGCAAUGUACAAGCAGUACCUCUAUCAUCUACCAGAGUAAAUGUAUCCUGGGGUGAUGUCCCAACCAUAGAACAAAAUGGACGGAUCCUUGGCUUUAAGGUUGAGUACAGAUCCCCAGAGAGGAAUAUACCUACACAGUCAAAGAUAAUGUCUGGUAAUACAACAACUCAUGUUUUGUUGGAAAACCUUCGCAAGUUUGUAACAUAUGAGAUCAGGGUACUUGCUUACACCAGAAUGGGAGACGGUGUGCCUAGUGAUCCUGAAGUUGCUGUACAGACUUAUGCUGAUGUUCCUGACCCGCCGCAGAUAAUCUGGUUCCAAGAUGUGUCCUACAGUAAAGUUACAGUGGUAUGGGAACCACCUGUUGAACCCAAUGGAAUCAUUACAGGAUACAUGGUAUCAUAUAAACUGCGAGACAGCCCAGGUGAAUAUGCAGACAGCUCCAUCCUGAGUUCUAACACCUUAAACUAUACCGUUGACAGUUUGCACAGAGAGUCGUUCUACGAGUUUAGAGUGAAAGCUAAAACAACACUAGGCUGGGGCGAGACAGCAUCUGUUGAAGUGAUUACUAUGGUAAACAGAAGUCCUCCAGACAGUCCGUCACAACCAACAAUAAAAUCAUCUAAGGUUCAAUCUAGAUCUGUGACAAUCAGCUGGAUCCCAUCUCCAUUCAAUGGGUAUGGUCCCCUGCGUAAUUUUACAGUACAGUACAAGAACGGACAGUCUUGGAUCAGUGUAAAGGAACCAAUUCCAUCCACUGUUACAACAUAUCCAGUACAAGGACUGCGUCCUGACACAGAAUAUGUGUUUAGAGUUGCUGCAACAAACGACAUAGGAACCAGUCCAUUUGGUGAACAAUCUGACAGUGCCCUAACUCUGGAAGACUAUCCAGAAGGAGCCCCAAGAAACGUAAAAGUAGACCGCAUUUCUACAACAUCAGUAAAAGUCGCUUGGGAGCAACCUUUACCCAACACAUGGAAUGGAGACUUGCUUGGUUAUGUGUUGAUGUAUAGACAGACAGGGAAUAUCGACUACAUGGCGGUGAAGAUGCCCGUUGUAAAUACUGAGAAAGUACUGCCAAAUCUUACCAAGUUUGUCGACUAUGAGUUUCUUGUGAAAGCUUUCAAUACGAUAGGGGAAGGUCCUGCUAGUACACUAAUAACUGUGUUUGUAGGGGAAACAGCACCAACAGUUGCUCCGGUGAAUAUUGAGACGACAGCCUUGAAUUCUACAGCGAUUCAGGUCACAUGGCAACCACCACCACCAGAGACACAGAAUGGAGGCAUAUCUGGAUACAGGAUAAUGUACUGGCGUAGCAUAGACCCAGAUAGUACAGCGAAGCAGGUUACCAAGCGUGAACAGACCGUGAUACUUGCUGGUCUUCAUAUCUACACAGAGUAUGCCAUCAGUGUACAGGCUAUCAGCUUGACUGGGAAUGGACCCAAGAGUGCGGUCAAAUAUGAGAAAACUUUGGAGGGAUUGCCAGGAAAGCCGGCCUCACUGGAGUUCUGGAACGUGACAUAUUUAUCACUUGAUGUCCACUGGGAGGCGCCUGUUAAGUCUAAUGGCAAAAUUAUCAGCUAUGAACUUUCCUAUGUAAAACAAAACACUACCACGGAUAGUAAAGCAGUAAAGUUCGAUCUUUCUGGCGACUUGUGUCAACUCAAUAUCAAAGAUUUACAAGAAAAUGUGACCUACUUAUUUAGUUUGUCGGCAAGUACAGCCAUUGGGCAUGGAGGAAAAAUAGAACGGAGUGUUACAGUAGGUCCACAACCAGGUUCACCGGAGGCCCCAGAUCAACUGAAAAUCAAUAUGGAAACAAAUGAACAAAAGCUAAUGCUCGAAUGGAAGUCGGGUUCACAAGGACAAAUGCCCAUAUAUGGACAUUUAAUUCAAGCUAAACAAGCUUAUUCCAGUCAUUGGAAACAUGUAAAACAGUUCGGUUAUGAGACACAAGCAGAAAUAAACUUGUCACAGUUUAAACCAAAUACCGAGUACAUAUUACGAGUGAUUGCAUUGAACCCGUGUGGUAUGAGCCCUUACAGUGCCCCUUCACGGGCUUUCAGGACACCCGCUACAGCUACUGAUAGCAAAAGAUUCCUCGUAUUCUCGCACACUUUCCUUUUGGAGAGUAUUCAUCUAGGUGAUAAGAAUUUCAAUGCUUCGAUGUUUACAUUACGGAAUACGACUUUCCUGCGCAGGGUGGUAGCCCUUACGUUUGACUAUGAGAAUGAGACAAUUUUCUACAGUGAAAUAAUAAGAGGGGAAAUUCAAGCCGUGUCCUUCGAUGGAACGAAUAUUCGAGUAGUUGUUGAAGAUGUAGGAGCAAUAGAAGGCUUAGCAUAUGAAAGACUGAGUGGCGACAUCUACAUGACAAGUUAUACCAACUCAACUGUUAGCAAAAUCAACGUAAACGAUGCGUUGAAUAACAAGAUAAGUAAACCUGAAAUUCUUAUACAACUGUCGGAAGAAGAUCAUCCUAGAGCAAUAGCUGUUGAUAGUUGCUUGAAAUUAGUUUACUGGACCAAUUGGAAUAAUGAGGAGCCAAAGAUUCAGCGCAUGAACCUAAUAGGCGAAGAUGUGGAGGCUAUUAUUACAAAGAACAUUCGCUUUCCAAAUGGUCUCACAAUUGAUCAUAAAGCGAAGAAGUUGUACUGGUCAGACGCAGGGCUUGACAAGAUUGAGAGGUGUGACAUGGAUGGAUCAAAUAGAGUCGUGAUUAUAAACUAUGAACCACAUCAUUCAUUUGGUCUCACUGUAUACGACAACUAUCUAUUCUGGACGGACUGGUAUGGGAAAUCAGUGAUGAAGGCCAAUAAAUAUGACGGAUCCGGUAUGGUGCAAAUUCGUAACGAUAUGAAGCAGCAACCAAUGGGAAUCAUCGCAGUUGCCGAGGAAAGUGAAAACUGCAUGAUCAACGAAUGCUAUGGGGAUAAUUAUGGUUGUCAAGAUAAAUGUUACACUGAUGUCACUGGCCAGGCAUUCUGUCAGUGUACACGUGGAGUACUUAACGCUGACGGAAAGACCUGUACGUAUGAGUAACAUUCGCACUUUAAACCUGCCGGAAAACAAAUAAUCGGCCUUAGUCGAAAUUACUGAAAGUACAGACAUGUUAGAAACUCUUCUCAACCGUAACUGUAGGAAGCCGCUGAUAUAUAAUGAGUAGGUUUACGUUGGUGCAAAUUACUUGUAUUAAAGAAAAUAUGGUUCUGACAAUAAUGAAAACCUUAAUAGAACACAUGAAUUUUUA